AUGGAAAUGAGCUUGGACCCGUCGGAGCUGCAGCCGCUGGGGGAGUAUGACUUCGAGAAGAACUUCAAUUACGAAGAAGCUAGAGAAUGGAUGCAGGAAAAUUGGCAUAAGUCCUUAUUUGUUGCUGUAGCGUAUGUGAUCCUGAUCUUUGGAAUCCAGCAUUUCAUGAAGGAACGGAGAGGCUAUGAACUGCGCUUCCCACUGGCCCUGUGGUCCUUUGGUCUGGCCUUGUUCAGUGCCAUGGGGGCCCAUCGGAUCUGGAAGCAAAUGUCCUUCAUCCUCUCUACCAAGGGAUUUAAGCAAUCAGUGUGUAGUCCAUCCUUCUAUGUCCACCCCGUCUCCAAGCUUUGGGUCUAUUUAUUUUCACUGAGCAAAUUCCUGGAACUGGGUGACACUGUGUUCAUUGUUCUCCGGAAAAAGAAGCUCAUCUUCCUCCACUGGUACCACCACGCUAUCACGCUGAUCCUCAUCUGGUAUGCCUAUAAGGAUAUGGUAGCUGGCAGUGGCUGGCUUACAAUCUUGAACUACAGUAUCCAUGCUGUCAUGUACUUCUACUACGCCAUGCGAGCCGCAGGCUUCCAGGUAUCCCGCUACAUCGCCAUGGCAAUCACCAUUUCACAAAUGCUGCAGAUCGUGUUUUAUCUAAUAAUUAACAUUUUGGUGAUCUUCUGGCGGGAGGAUAAGGUCUGCCAUGCUACCUGGGAAAUUAUUUUGUUUUCAUUCAUGGGUUAUACCAGUAUCCUGGUGCUCUUCGGCAACUACUUCUUCAAGACUUAUGUCAGGAGAGCCCAGAAAUCAAAGGGGGAAUAA